AGACAUGGCCAGCGGGGGCCUACAGCUCCUGGGCUUCGUGCUGGCCUUCCUGGGCUGGAUCGGCAUCAUCAUCAGCACCGCCAUGCCUCAGUGGAAGAUGGCAUCCUACGCAGGGGACAACAUCGUCACGGCCCAGGCGCUCUACGAGGGGCUGUGGAUGUCGUGCGCCAUGCAGAGCACGGGGCAGAUCCAGUGCAAGGUGUACGACUCGCUGCUCAAGCUGGAAAGCAGUCUGCAGGCCACUCGGGCUUUGAUGGUGGCUGCAAUACUCCUGGGCCUUGUUGCUGUAUUUGUUGCUGUGACUGGCAUGAAAUGCAUGAAGUGCAUGGAAGAUGACCAGGUGAAGAAGAUGCGGAUGGCUGUCUUCGGUGGGGUGAUCUUCAUCAUUGCAGGUUUGGCAGCACUGGUGGCCACGUCGUGGUAUGGCAACAGAGUGGCUCGGGCCUUUUAUGACCCCUUCACCCCUGUCAAUACCAGAUUUGAGUUUGGAUCAGCUCUCUUCAUAGGCUGGGCAGCUGCUUCUCUGGCCAUGCUGGGGGGAUCCUUCCUCUGCUGCUCCUGUCCACGGAGAGAAACUUCGUAUCCCCCCACCCGAGGCUAUCCAAAAAAUGCCCCCUCCACAGGGAAGGAUUAUGUAUAAUGAAACAAAGAAGAGGAGCCACCAGCACUGGUAGUGAAAGCAUUUUGGAGAGGACACUACAAUGCCAUUGUCCUGAGCAGAGUUCAGGCUCUAGGUUCUGCCUUCCUCUUCUCCUCAAAAAUGUGUAUAUUUUUGUAAUCCUCUUUGCUACUGGACAUAACUUCUCUUUUCUCUCCCAGCCCGUGGAGGAAGGCUAGCCUAGGUUCAUAGGUAUUGCCACUGGAAAGAUGAAACCUCCAAGCUUGGGUUAAGUUUAGUAUUUGGGAGUAAAAGGGAAAAAUGAUACUUUUUUUAGACGGAUGUUGGUGCUUUUUUAGUUGUUUUUUAAAAAAAAUAGAAGGUAACAAUUCAGUCCCAUAUCCCAUUAAGUUAGAGCCCAGUGUGGUGUGUGUAGAAAUUAAAGGCACAUAUAUACAAAGUGAUGAAACCAAUAGCUUAAGGGGAAACAUAAUUUUAGGGAAAAGGCUUUACAUGAGGAAUGUUUGAAGAGAUCUAAAGUGCUCUUGUACUGUUUUAUUGGCAUUGUCUUCAGCACCCUCCUUUUCUGUGCAGAUUGGCAUGACAAAGGGUCAGACAAUUAAAUUGCUGUGACUUAACAAACUGAAACCUGUCCAUGCACAUGCUGUUGGCCAACAGAAGAUGCAGUAUAAGGUGGCUU